AGCUGAAACAGCUGACAGAUACGAAGAAAGUUGCUUCUGGGCUUUAUGACCAUUGACCAGCCAGGCCAUGCCCAGCACAAAAUACGAGUCUUCAGACCGAUCAGUAGAUCAGCCAGUGCGUUUCUAUGAGCUUAAAUCGCUGAAACCGAGAUCCAAGAACACAUCCUGUGCCAACACCACGAAGAAAACGGAAAAUAUACCUACAACUCUUCAAGGAUUUUGCAAAGUCCGUGUUUCGAAAUUUGACUGGAUAGUCGAGACGCGUGAGGAAUUAUACUUCGCCUCUUCGUUUGUGUUUCUUGUGGCCCGGUGUCAAACACGCGAUUUGACGGAUGAGUUGCUUGUGCUCGUUUCUGUUUUGCUUCUCAUUCUGGAGACCAUCAAGGAUACCAACAGCUGGUGAAAAGCUUCCUUGAGGUCGAGAUUUAUGUUCCACAAAGUUACGAAAAGGGCUAUAUUAUGAAUAGAGAGAAUGGUAUGCUGGUGUCUCGUAUUUUUAACCUUCGGGCUCUAUGAAGUCGAUUCAUACCAUACCAUCAAGGCCAAUCGCCGCUAGGGUCAGAGCCUAUUUGGUUAGUUAGGGCCUUGUUGGCUCUGCAAAGCUGGAAUCUCAUCAUCGCCGACGGUAUCUGUAAACACCCUCAAAAAUUAAGAAUGAUUUUCCGCCCCCACCAAAUGCUAAAAAACCAACUCGAAGUCGCAAACAAAGAAUGCCGUCCCCGCGGAUAUUUCUCCACAUUCUCAUUGACAAACAGGGAAACAAAAGGCUGAUUAGACGCUGAGAAAGAGUUGGUGUGCAAAGGGGGUCAGAAAUCCCAAGACUGGUUGGUUGUUGGUAAAAGCAACUCUGCCACUUGCUACGGGCCAACGUGUUAGGUUAACUAUUUAUCAUGCCCUUUUUCGAGGAUUAUUUAUUGUUUACACUCCGAUGAGAAACAAAGAAUUGCCGCAACACUUCGCGCGGCUUUCAGACAAGACAAGAAAACAUCACUGAAUAAAGCAGAGGCACAGCACAGUUCAUUGGUUUGGCCAUCUUCUUACUGACAUCCAAGCUCAUGAACAUUAAUGGAAGCCAACUGCUACAGUACAUAGCUGCCAUAUUAAUAUAGAUACACCAACUACACCUAUAGUAGUUGGGGAACUGGGAUGUUCGCCUAUCCGGCGAAGGGAAAAUACCGACCAGAUAUCUAGGCUAUAUGCCGGACACUGUCUACAAAGGAACGGUAUUGAAAUAUAAAAUCCAAAGGCAGCAGCACUAGUGGUGAUAUAGAGGGGAAAUCACUCAAAUAUAACGCCAUCAAAGCCGAGAGAAAUGGCAAAU